GGAAGUAAGCAGUCAUAGAGCUAGCUCAUGUCGUCGCGAAAGGAGCGAUUCAAAACCUUCUCUCGCCGUACUGGCACCUGCGGUGGGAUUGAUGAACUUCGUCAUCGACGGAGAGAAGAUGAAAUCGUCAUUCGUAAAGAAAAAAGAGACUGGAUACUUAAUUCUAAACGCUUUCGCUAUGAUGAACCAACGGAUGAGAUAUCUGAGCAAGAGGUGAUAGCAGCUACUCAAGAUUUGCUGAAGGGCUGUGAUAAAUGCAUAGAAAAAUUACAGCUCUUAAGGAGAGCUUUUUCACAAGGAUCAUUAUAUAUUGAUGCAUUUUUCAGUGUUGAGAAUGUAUUGCCUUGUUUGGUUGGUUUAUUUACUGGUCCAGAUCCUGAUGUGCAGUUGGAGGCUGCAUGGUGCCUCACCAACCUAUCAGCUGGAAUGCAUCACUACACAACUGCCAUUGUUAAGAUAGCUGCUCCUUACCUCAUCACAUACCUUAGCAGUAACAAUCAUUUCUUACAGGAUCAGUCUGCCUGGGCUGUUGGUAACCUGGCUGGUGAUAGCAAAGAAUGCCAGGACCUCUUACAUACCCAAGGAGCUGUUUCUCCAUUAAUAAAUCUUCUGCAGUCACCUGUGCCUUCUGUUGUCCAAUCAGCCUCUUUUGCUCUCUCUAACCUUGCCAGAGAAAAUCCAAGCAUACAAAGAACGAUGCUUGAUAAUAACAUAUUAUCCAACAUCAUUCCUUUCUUGCAUAUUCAUUUCAACUCCUUUGAUAUUUUGUGUGAACUUGGUUGGGUAUUAACUUACCUUACUGCCAGUAGUGAAUAUGUUGAUGAGCUUGUAGCUAUUGGACUUCUUACAAGAUUGCUAAAUCUGCUUGACAAUUAUGCUGCUGAAGAACAAAACAAUGGACAGGUGAUAACUCCUUUGUUGCGGGCAGUGGGAAAUAUCUGUGCUGGACAAGAUGAAUAUAGUGUACAAGCAGCCAAUGAUCCUGACUUCUUCUCAUCACUAAAUGCCUUCCUUCACUCCAAACACCGGCAUAUUAUCAAAGAAACAUUGUGGGUUCUUUCUAAUAUGGCAGCUAUUGCUGAUGUUUCAAUGAGAAUUUUGCAUUCAGAUCUUCUAUCAUCUGUAACUAAGCUUCUGGUGUCUACUUUUGACAUUCGAAUUGAAGUUGUUUAUCUGCUGUGUAACCUGGGUAGCCAUUCUUCCAGUCAUUGUUCAAUAUUGGCUCCUUUAAAGAUUAUUCCACAGAUGGUUGUAAUGUUGAAAUCAUCAGACCUUGAAUCUCUUAGUCUUGCUCUCUUUUUCUGUGAGAUGAUGUGCCGACUGACAGAUGAGGGUCAACAACAGUUUGAAGAAUGUGGUGGGAUUGGUUAUCUUGAAGGUCUGGAAUACCAUUCCAAUGAAGCAAUUCAGACUCAAGCUAAUGAAAUGCUGGAGACCUAUUUCUUUCUUGGGGAUGAAAAUGUUGACCAGGAACUUGAUGAAUUUCAACAACAUUGAUGUAGGAUUUCUGAGAAGAUAUAUCCAAAAGAAUGUAGACGCAUAAAGUUUACAUAUCUGGACACAUAACAUGCACAUACAUGCGAAGCACUCAAACAUAGCAUAUGCAUAUAAUUUAUAAACAUCACACACACACACAUACACACACA